AUGCUUUUAGCAAGAAUGGGUAGCAAAGCCACUCGUCCUAUACCAGAUGGAAAUAUUUCAAGUGCAAAUAACGAGAUUGAUUUACAAUACCUACUUGAAGAUGCCAAUUGCAUCCGUUCUGUACCGGUCGAUGCUAAACAUUUUAAUGAUGAUGAUUAUGAAUUGUUGAAAAAGUGGUCAUUGCAUCUCUGUUCUCCCGAAAGUGCUAGAACAUCUACCGAAUUAGAUCCAACCUUCAAUACAUUAAUAGAUGAACCGAUGGAUGCAAGGACACUAGUCAAUGAAUUGGUUCAAAAUCAUACAUUAAAAGUCUAUGUUAUUGAUAGUUUGAAGAGAUAUCAUAGUUUAAUGGACAUUAUUCAUACAUUGGCAACAUUCGAUGAGUUACAAGACACAGAGUUUCCCCAACAACAUCGAAAAACAAUUGAAAGUUUUCAUGCCAUUAUAAAUAAAAUAACGAAAUCAGUUUUAUUAACAACAACAAUUGAUUCAAUGUCCUACGAAAGCCAACGCUAUUUUGGUAAUUUUAUUAAGAAAAAUGAUUUACCUGUACCAUUUGCAUAUUAUAUGUGGAAUAAAAAGAAUAAUAUUCUCGAAUACAAAAUCAACUUUAACUUAUUAGCUGAAAUAAUGUGUUUAACUAACGAUCAUUAUAUAUUACAAGUUGGUAGUGAAUCAGCAAUAGGAAUGGGCAAGACAAGUUUAUUACACUACAUCUUUCCUGAUAAACGUGUCGAAGCAUUAAAUACCGAUGGAAAAUCAACUCGACGACAUGGUUGUAUCGAUGUAAUUUUUUCAUCACAAGCAACAAAUCAAAAGAAUGAAUCUUAUAUUAUUUUUGAUACACAUGGAACUAUUAAUGGAUUAAACGAGCAUAUAAUAAGGAGUAUUCAAGCAAAUUGUGCGCUACAAAUUUUAUAUGUUACAGCAAAGGAUCUCGAGAGUAACUUUUUAAAUUCUAUGAUGAAUUAUUCAAGACAAAUUCAAGAAAAACCCACUAUUAUCGUCAUUUUUGAUUCAGACUAUGACGAUACAGGUAAUCAAAAGGAAAAGAUAACUGGUGGUUUUCAAUCAAAAUAUCACGAUUGGAAAUGUGUCAAAUGGAUAACAGCACCAUGUGCCCAAAUUUGGUAUCAAAUGGAUUAUGAUAAGAAAAAUAACGAUAUGAAACGAUCGCAACGUCUUCUUAGAUCAUUUAAAGCAAUCACAGAAAGUAUGGAUAAAGAAAUGCAACAAUCAGCGAUUUGUACAUCAAUAUUUUCCAUUCAAUGUGUUUAUCUUACUGUUCAAAAUUUAGAAAACUUUAAUCCAUCUAUUAAUCAUUAUUUUGAAAUUCAAAACCGUCUCAAAGAACUAUUCGAUAAUUUAAAUGAUAACACAGAUAAUCUUCAAAUAGCAACACCAGUUAGCUAUCUGAAUUCAGCAAUAAAACAAUGUGAGAGAGAAUUAUCCGAUAAUUGGGAUGCUCCUCAAAUGGAAAUACAAGCUAAAAGAGAUAAUUUAAUUCAUGCACGAUCACAAAUCACAACCAUUAAUAAAUAUACUGCAUUUUUCAUUAAUUUAUUGACGAGAUGUUUAUAUAUUGAAUUAUUGAUAACCGAAAAAUAUUUAGAAAAAUGGCGAUCUCAAUUUGAAGCAAAAUUACACGAUCAAAUUGCACAAGUCAAAAGUGAAGCAUCGAAAUUUAACUCGAAGAUCAAACGGCUAGAAGGACAUUUGUCUGGAAAGGAAAAUCUCAGCAAAGAAUAUGCAACAAAACUGCAACAAGAUCUAGUAGCUGCUAAAACGGAAUUUAGAAAACAAAGUAUAUUUAUCAAUGAAAUCGAUAAGAAAUUAAUGAAUAUUGAUUUAACUAUUGGACUUUUUUGUGAUGAAAUAAUGGCUUUAUAUGAAUUAUCACCGCAUUUAUUCGAUGGGAAAAAUUGCAUCCAAGAUAUUGCUAAAAAUCUCGCAAAUCUAAUGUUAAAAGGUUUAGCGAUUCAUAUACUUCGUGGUCGUCCAUUGCAUUGUUAUAGUAAAUUAGUAGAAGAAAGCAUAAAAUUUAUUCCAAUAACACAGAAACCACCUUUGGUUUUAACAGUUAUUGGAGAACAAUCGUCAGCGAAAUCAUCAUUAAUGAAUACAACUUUUGGUUGUAAUUUUCGAGUUAGUGCUGGACGUUGUACUAUUGGAAUGUACAUGAGUGUUGUACAGUGGAGAUUAGAAACAAUUGUUAUUCUUGAUACAGAAGGUUUACUUUCAUUAGAAGAAGCUGAUUCAAUAUUUGAUAAUCAAAUGGUUACAAUGGCUAUGCUUUCUUCACAUCUAGUUCUAAUUAAUCAUAAAGGUGAAUUUAGUUCGAAUUUGAAAGAUCUUAUUGGUAUGAGUUUCUAUGCUAAAUUACAAAUUUGCAGUCCAAUUAAACCUAAAUUACUAUUUGUUUUAAGAGAUCAAGCAGAUCUAACAUCUAAAGCAACCUUCUUUCGACAAUUGGCACAGCUAAAAGAACAAUUACAAAAUGAUAGUAAAUUUCUUAAAAUUUCGAUUGAUGAAGAACUUGAUAUUAACAAUGAAAAUGUUUAUUUAUUACCUAAUGCAUUUUCACAUGAUGUAAAUCCCAUUUCAAAUAUUCCUCAAUGUUGGAGAAAUCAAACAUUUCCUAAAGAAAUUAUUACACUACGAGACAUAAUAUUUAAUAACAUAAAAAGUACUACAAAGACACAGAAGUUUCAAUUCGUUAAGAGUCUUUCUACUUCUAUUACGGCCGCUCUUCCCGAUCCUCAAACACCUAUAAAUGAACCAGCUUAUGCAGACUUGACACAUUUAUAUGGAAAAAUCUCAAGUAAUUGGGAAGCAAUCGAUAAAUUAGGUCCCAAAUUAUUACAAUGCAAAACUCUAUAUGAACUAUCGAUAAUGAAUGAACUUCAAGCAAUAGCUAAUGAAAUAAUUAAGACAAAAAAUGUGAAUGUCUAUCGAGAUGGUGAAAACAUAAUUGAUCAAACAUUACUGAAGUUUACAAGUAAUAAUUUUAUUGAUCAAGAUCGUGAUCGUAUUGUUGAGGAGUUUAAUCAUCAAUUAAGCUUAAUUAUUAAACGUGCUAUCGAACAAGCACAAUCUAAUUUUGAUGAUAAAACAGAAAGAAGUUGCUAUUUAUCAGAGAUAAAAUCAAAAGUGAGCAAAUCUAUUGAAUCACCCAUUCAUUCUGUAAAACAUUUAUUAAAAGAAAUUUUUGAAGAACGUUUACACGAUCUAUUAAGAAGAGCUCGUAUAAAUGAUGCUCAAAAACAACUAUUGGAUUCAGUACAAAAGACAUUCGAUCAAAAUAAAAGUCUUAAACUAGAUGAUUUAGAAGAUCGUCUUGAAAACGAAUUUCAAAAUAUUAUUGAAAAAAUUCGAACUGAUCUUCAAUCAUCAUUUGAAACACCAACUAUGAUUACAGAAAAAAUUCUAAAAUUUUAUAACACUCAACUGCGUUGUAAACAAGCAGAAACAACAAGAGAAAAUAUUUACAAUUUAUUAUAUCCUUUGAAUAAAGUACAAUAUGAACAGCACAUACAAAUAUUUAUAAAUUGUUUAUCACAGGUUAGAGAGCAGCAAAACCAGAAGGUCGAACCAAAAUCUGGUGGUAUAUGGAAAACUAUCAAACCAUGGCUUACAGGAUCAUCAGAUAAGAAUAUAGAUUCUGUAUGGAUAGAGUUAAAAGAUAAAGUCAAAUGGUUCCCAGGCAAACAAAAAGACGAUAAAAAUAAAAAACUAUUUGCGGAAAUAUGGAAUGUUGUUUUACUGAAAUUUGAAGAAGAACUUUCAAUAUUCAUAUCUAACACAAAAUCCAUUUCAUCAGAUCCAAUCACUGUGCAAAAUCUUUUUCAAUUUAUUGAAAAUGCAAUGAAUUCUCAAUCUAUAAUGAGUGCUAGCAAACGAUUAGAGAAACACAAACUCUGUGCAGAUCUAGCUUUGAUCGGACUUGAUAUUAUUAUUAAGAAAGCAAUAGAUAUGGAACAAGCGAAUUAUGAAUCAAAAUCACAAAAUUCAAUAAAUGAAAUGAAGGAACGUAAAGAAAAUUUAUUGAAACAAUGCAGUGCUAUGAAAAACUCAUUCGAAUUAGGACAAACACUAGCUAAAACGAUUGGAGAACAGAUCAUUACUGAUAUUGGUCGUCUUUUACAACGAAGAAUUGUAAAAGACAUAAAUGAAGAUAUAGUUAAAAGUCAAUUUAUUAAUCAUGAAGCUAUACAAAAACAAGCCUAUGAAGAAAGUAUAAGUCAAGCCAAUGGUGAAAAUAUUCUUAAAUAUGUUUAUGAUAUAAAUCGUUAUUUUAUUGAAUUGGGCUUAAAAGAAAUCAAAACAACAUUACAUGCUGUAACACAUAGUCAUACAUUAAAUUUUCAGCAAUUUAUUAUUUUGACCAUCGAUAAAGUGAAGGAUGGUGUUCAACGAAAUAACUAUGAAAAUACAAGUACAUUAAAAAAAGAUGUAGAGAAUGCGAUCCUUAGUUUACCUGUUUUAAAACUAGAAGAAUCAGUUGAUGGCGCAUUAUUUAAAGUAUUCUCUUUGAAUAAUAUAAUUUCUAUGCCGAUUCAAGACAUUGAACGAUUUAAACAAGGUUUUUCAAGUAUUGGUGACUUUUACAAUCAUGUCGAAAAGCGAGUUGCAGAUUUAACAAAAAAUAUAAAAACUGGAGCAUUCGAAAGUUGUAAACAAAGCAUCUCAAAAAGGCUUGGAUGUCAAGCACGAUGUCCUGGAUGUGGUGCUAAAUGCAGUAAACCUGAACCUCAUGACGAGGAAGAGGUUGAAGUCUGGCACGAUUCAUGUGAGAAAUGUUCACCUAACAAUUGCACUUGCCAACGUUCAAAUUCAAGUUCUGUGAAAACUCAUGAAACUACAUAUCAUUUAGCAAGUGCAUUUAAUGGAUGGAGACGCCACAAAUCAGAAAAACCAUACCUUGAAUUAUGCUAUCAACGCUGGACAACAGUAGGUGCUUAUGUUUUGAAAAGUGUUCAGUCGACUGACUCAAGUGAUGAAAAGAAGGAAGAUGACGAUGAGUAUGAAUAUAUAUUUCCGCAAGCUAAAUAUUUCAACACAAAGUAUCCAGCCUGGUAUAAUAAUUUAAAAAAGCUAUCAACUGAAGGUGAUGGAUGUAAGGAAUCAAUUCCACCACCUGAUCAAAGACGUGCUUGGAUGGUAGUUCGUCACACUCUUGUUAAUCGUUAUAAAGACAAAAUGGUUGACAAUAAAGAAUAUGAUAAUAAAUUAUAUCCAUCGAAUGUUGAAAGUUUACCAGCAGAUUUUGAGCCAAACUGGAAAGAUAUAGAUUUCGAAUGA